UUCGCUAUGAGGAACGUGUGAUGGUGGGGGUGAUCGGUGGGGACUUCAGGUGGGAGACAGGUGAGAAGCUGAAGUGGGCGGAUGACGGGAAACUCUCAGGUGAGCCCAGAGACGUGGCGUUCUUCCCACGUGCUGCCGCGGAGAGGAACUGCCUCAUCCUGCCACCCAAGGUCAGACCAAGGGCACACGUCUACACAGAGUCAAGGUCACCGGAGGUCAUGGUGGAGUUCAUCAAUCAGAACUGCAACACUUACAGAACUCUUGAAGGAAACCUCUCUUUCCAAGGCCUUCACCGAGAGGAAAUCCUGGGGAACAUCUUCCGUGCAUCUGAUAUCAGCGGUUUCACCAUGGGUGUAAAGUUUGGACUGACAAACGCAUCAGAACAGUGCAUGGUCAACAGUAACACGGGGACUACAGAUGCAGAAACUUGUGGGUUAUACGAAGGUGUUCAAAGCCAUGAUGAGUUUAGGACAGUAGGAGGACACCAAAACUCAGAGCCUGUUACACUUCAUGUCGAAAACGAUGUCAGGGAUAGAACAGAAUCACCCAGGGCAAGAGAGCAGAAAGAGUCGGACAAAAUGGUUGAGUGCGAGAGAAUACCCGUGCCCACACGCGCGGAAUUCUUCCACAACUACGUGAAGCGUUCGCAGCCAGUCAUAAUAACGGGGGCCAUGGAACAGUGGAACGUCUUUGAAAAGUGGUCCAACGAAUUUCUCAGGGAAAGAUUCGGCAAGGAGGAAGUCCACAUAAAGCUGACGUCAGGAGGGGAGUAUGAAGGGGUGGAGGAUGCCUCUCUAUGGGAGGAUUUUGGUACGUUCCAGAUUCCCCGCCAUGUUCGUGACCAGCUGCCGUUCCCGGAUAUGGUCGUUGUGCGGCCGGCGACCAUGAACCUGAAGUUUGGGAAGUUCCUAGACAUGAUAGAAGAGACGGCAAGGUCGGAGGUGAAGAACAUGUCAGCGUACCUGGAGUACUCGUCUAUUCCACAGUACAUGCCAUCAUUAGAGGCAGACAUUUCAGGUUUUCCAUUUGUGACCAACCUGCUGACCAGGCGACACCUGAACAUGUGGCUCAGCGAUGGACACACGCUGGGCAAGCUGCACUUUGACCCCUUCGACAACCUGCUGUGCCAGAUAAGUGGAAAGAAGGAAGUGCUCCUGUUCGAGCCCCACGACAACACCCGUCUGUACGAGGCACACAUCCCUGAGGCCAUCCUGGGGUUGAACAACAGGACCGGCAAGUUCCGCAGGAAAACCCUGCUGGACAGCACAUCUAUGGUCAUGUCUCCUGUGGACAUCCUCAAGCCUAACUUUGAGAGGUUCCCUAAGUUUGCUGAUGCCGUGCCUGUCAACUGUACUAUAGAGGAAGGAGACAUCUUGUUCAUGCCGGCACACUGGUGGCAUGAGGUCCAGUCCUACCCCAGUCCCACCCAACACAGGAACCUGGCCAUUAACUUCUGGUACGAGCCGUUCCUGACCAAGGAGUUCCCCUGUCAGACAUGCAGCUUGGACGUGAACCCACACUACAGGCACCUGCUGGGCUGACCUU